AUGGGAGGCAGGGAUGAGCAGCGACUCCCGCGAAAAUGCAGGGCCAGAGCACACAAACAGGGCGCCUGGUGUCCGCUCCCCUGCACUAUGUCCGGCCUCGUGCUUCAGCGCCUCACCACCCUGACUCCCAGCAUCAAACAGCUGGGCCGCAUCCCAAACCUGCUCCAGGGGCUGCCCGCCUCCCUACCUACCCCAUGCCCCACCGUGACUGCCUCGCAGGUCCCCGCCCUUUUCCGCGAGCCCUAUAUCCUCACCGGGUACCGCCCCCUCCACCAAAACUGGUACUGCUACCUCCUCAGCCUCUUCCAGAAGCACAACGAAAGCCUCAAUGUUUGGAGUCAUCUCUUGGCGGCGCCGAUCUUGCUGCUUCGGUGUUGGACCAUGUUCGGAGCCCUGGGGCACCCCUUUGACUUGUCGGCGCUCCCUCUUUUCCUGUUUAUCGCGUCCGCCCUGACUUGUUACCUCUGUAGCUCAAUGGCGCACCUCUUCCAAUCGCACUCGGAGCAGGCGCAUUUCUACGUCUUCUUCAUGGACUACGUGGGAGUGGCCAUUUACCAAUACGGCUGUGCGCUAGGACACUACUUCUACACUUCUGCGCCAGCGUGGAGAGCAAGCACCGUGGGAGAGUACUACCUGCACGGCACAGCGUUUCUCGGGUUGAUGACGAGCGUCGGGUGCUGCGUGGCGAAGUCCAAAUACAGCAAACCCUAUCCACCGCAGCGCAAAAUCUGCCAGCUGAUUCCGACGGUCACUGCAUACUUUUUGGGGAUCAGUCCGGUGGUGCAUCGCCUGCUGACGGUGUCCUGGAAAGAGGAGCCUUCGCUGAACUUCCACGCCCUUCAAAUUGUGUUGUUCCUCUGCUCCUCCGUCUUCUUCUCUUGUCCGAUUCCAGAGUGCUUCUUCCCGGGAAAGUGCGAUAUUUUCGGCCACGGGCACCAGAUUUUCCACAUCCUGCUCUCACUUACCACGCUCUCCCAGUUGGAGGCGCUCUUCCAGGAUACCAUUCUGAUCGUGGUUGUAAUAGUUGAUGACAAACCGGGACACCAGCCUUUGUGUGACCAGUGCGGGAGCAGCCCAUAUCAGCGAGCACAAAGCUCCAGGAGUGACUCUACGACACUUGAGCGCAAAAAGUUUUUCUUUGGACCCAUUAUGGCUCCGAUCGCAAUGAUUUUGGGAGAAGUGAUGAGCCCCGAGGUUGGCAUCAUCUCUGCUGUGGUCUUCCUGGUUCUUAGUAUCACAGGAUUAGCCCUGUGUGGGCAGUGUCAGAGAAAAGGUGGAAAUGCAUAUGACGUGAACGGAGCAGCUACAGGAGGUUCUGGGAAAGAUGCAACAGCAAACGGCACCAGUGACACACAGACCACAGACACGGCCGACCCGGGCCCUGACGACUUCACAUCAUGGAGGAGCCACAAAUCCAUGCCCGAAAGCACACUGGAGCGGGGGAAAUCUUACACCCAUGGGGUCGUAUCUGUGCGCUCUCUGCCCGUGCACAGCUGUCAUCUGCCGGCAUUGGUCCGAUCUGCGCACACACGUAGGCGCCAAUCCAACCAACCCCCUUCUCUCUCCGGCUUCUCGAUCUCCAGACAGACAGCCACAGCGAGCCGGUGGCAACGAGGAGGAAUUCAGGACACCCCCCUUCACCACCUUGUCCCCGGUGCCAAGGCAGGACCAGCCGAGACUGGAGCAGUGCUGAGUCCCUUUACCGUGUGCAGUGGCACCAUGGCAGCUAUGGGACCAGAGGAGCGAGCGUCCACCACCACACCUUCCAACAUGCAGGCAUGUGCACAAACCGAGGGGGGACCGAAGACUUCAAACUGGACCAGCCUGUCUCUGGGACGUCCCGUUCAUCUCAACAACCGACACACAUCCUGCAGUGUCCGCAGCCCUGAGUCAGUGGACAUGGAUGAGAUCAUGGCAGCGAUGGUCCUGACAAGUUUGUCCUGUAAUCCAGUGGCUUGCAGCCCCAUCCAGGUGUCUGUGGCCCCCAAGAGCCCUACUGCUCAGCCCUGGGCGCCCUCCCCUGCAGCUCCUGGACACAGCAACACUCCGAUGGUGAAGCCGCGCUGCCGCUCCGUCAGCGUGGGGGAACAGUGGCUCCAGCAGAACAGACUGCAGCCCGCCAUCGCCUCCCCGUCCCGCACCCACUGCUCCUUCAGGAAGGGACGCAGCGAGGCCAAAAAGUGCCGCAAAGUGUACGGAGUGGAGCGUAAGGACCAGUGGUGCACGGCCUGCCGCUGGAAGAAGGCCUGCCAACGCUUCCCAGACUAA